GUUAAAAACGUCAUAUUGCUGCAGAAUGAAGGCUAAAAUAACGCCACUAUGAAAGCCAAGGUCAAUGAAGUCAACAGCAAGGGAAGGUCCACCAAUCGACCCGGCAAAGACUCCGGUGACGGGAGUCCCAUCCAAUAGAACUUCGAUAUUUGUCCCACUCCACGACACGUGUCCCCCUUACCGAUGCCGUCGUCCAACCCUCCUUGGAUUUUUCCGUCAACCGAUAAAAAUACAAAAUCAGCUGUACGCUGUCGUUUUAAAAGUCGUCACAUGAAAAAUUAUAACGUUAAACGUCUGUCUCCCUCUGCCGGUCAACAAACUCUAUUGCCUUUAUUCCCUACCUUCCUCUCUCUAGAUUAAUACAGAUCGGCCGCGAUCUAUGGAAGACGACGAUGAAAUCCAGUCACAUCCAUCGCCGCCUUCUAAUGGGAGAAUUACGGUGACUGUGGCGGCUGCGCCCCCGAUGACGCCCCAGAAUACUCUGACGCUUGCUCUACCGAUACAGCAGCAGAAGGUUGGGGGAACUGGUGGAGGAAGAGAGGAUUGUUGGAGUGAAGGCGCAACGGCUGUGUUAAUUGAAGCCUGGGGGGAGAGGUACCUUGAGCUCAGCCGUGGGAAUCUGAAGCAAAAGCACUGGAAAGAUGUGGCGGACAUUGUGGGCAGCCGAGAGGAUUAUAUGAAGACUCCGAAAACCGAUGUUCAGUGCAAGAACCGGAUCGAUACAGUGAAGAAGAAGUACAAGACGGAGAAGGCUAAGAUCGCGGCUGGCGGUGGGCCGAGCAAAUGGCGGUUUUAUGAGAAGAUGGAUGAAUUGAUCGGCCCGACGGCGAAGAUGAGCUCCGUGCAAUCGGGAAGCCAAAAGGUGCCUAUGGGGAUCCCUGUUGGGACUAGAUCCGGCUCGGUUUCUCAGUUCCGGCAACAGCCAAAGCCGCAAUUUCGGAAAAGGCCUCCGGUGGAGUCGGAUGAGGAGUCCGAGCAGGAGCCGGAACCUUCUGCCGAUUCAUCAGAUGGUUUACCGCCAGAAUGUUAUAAGCGGCCAAGGGUCAAGAAAGAAACGAAUCAAAUGAUGAUGGUAAAUGCUAGUGCACCAAUGUCCGGAAUGAUGAACAGAAGUGCUGCAGCUGUUGUGAAUAGCAAUGAGACGAAUUGGGGCAAUUCUGUUGGGGAGUUGACGCGGGCAAUAUUGAAAUUUGGGGAGUCGUAUGAACAAGCAGAGAACUCGAAAAUGCAGCAGUUGGUAGAGAUGGAAAAGCAGAGGAUGAAAUUUGUGAAGGAGAUGGAAUUGCAGAGGAUGCAGUUCUUCAUGAAAACACAAUUGGAGCUUUCACAAUUGAAGAAUAAUAGGAAUUAUCAUCGUACCACCAAUAACACUGAUAGCAGUAAUUAAGAAAUGUCGUUUGGACAAUAUUUGUACUUCUAGAAUUUAGAUUGUUACCUUAUUGUAUCGUGAAAUGUUCCUCGAGAACAAGUUAAUUUAGUGAAGUAUUAUUAUGAACAAUCAAUGGAAAUGUGCUGUGUUUCUUGUAUUCA